AUGAAUGAAAGAAGUCCACAAACUAUUGGAUCCAUCAUCGAAUACAUGUGUAUGGUAGCAUAUCGGAAAUUUAUCACAAGAGCGCGAGGUGAAACAAUUCGAAAACGGUUACUCAAUAAAAAGUUUCUUUUCGAUGUGUCAGACAAAGAAAAUAUGCAAAGGUUAGAAGGUGGUUUUUUGGGCGAUGUAGAGGCAUGCGAGCUGAAAGGCUUCGUUCAGGAUUUGCGUAAACGUGGGAUUGCGCAUGAUGGUCCAGAUGGCAUACAUAUACCUGCUUUGGAAACAAUGGGUGAACCAACAGAAGAGGAUGAGGCUGCCAGUGGUAACGAUGGUCCUGUUAGCGAAGCUGAUGCAAUUCUCAAAGAUGCAGCUGCACGGGCAGCUCUUGCCAGAAAAAUUGGUUCUUCCAAUAAGGUGCAGCGAACAUCGCCUAGCAAACUUCGAGCAUAUUUUGAAGUUGCUGAUGCUACACUCACUGAAGUUCCAAUCCCAAAUGAGAAAGAAGACAUCAGCGUUCCGCAAGAAGAAGUCUUUAUUGAGAAAUCAAGAAACAAUGAUAGAACCAAUGAUGAGAAUCAGCAAACCAUAGAGAACGAUUUAUUGCCAAAACGUACACGAUAUUGUUGA